GAAUUAGAAGGCAUGCCAGUGGAACGAGUGCUUAAAAUGCAUGAAGGGCGGCCACAUGCUGCGGAUCUCAUUGCCAAUGGGCAGAUUCAGUUGAUGGUGAUCACAAGUUCAGGGGACACACUUGAUCAGAUUGAUGGCCGGAAGCUGAGAAGGAUGGCUCUCGCGUACAAGAUACCUGUAAUAACUACAGUUGCAGGGGCUUUGGCCACCGCGGAUGCAAUUAAAAGCUUGAAAUGCAACAAGAUUAAGAUGACAGCACUUCAGGAUUACUUUGAUGUGAAGAAGGUAGAAGCUGAGCUCAAAAACUUGCAGUGUGCGUCAUCUGUUUCUACUAGUUGACUUGCCAUUAGGUGAAGCAGUCUUCUUUGGUUGCUUGUAAGUUUUUCUCUUGUUCUGAUCUAUGUUAUAGGUGGCCUUGUUGCUUUAUGGAUUUGGUGAAUGAACCUCAUUUUCUCCAAUUUUUUAUUCCUGAACUAGCUUAACAAAUGUACUGGAACAUCAAAAUCUACUUGUAGAUUAAAAUAGGUGAUGAUGGUGCUAAUUGUUGAUGCAACUAUAAUCGGUUAUGCUGUUUCUUGAAUCA